AAUAAAAAUAAUCAGUACGUAGGGUCUUGUCGUUAGUGAUAUUCGUGCUACAUGUUAAAAAAAUCGUCAAAAAUAACCGCGUGACGACGGUAUACCGUAUUUACCGGUGUUCUAAAUAAAACUGUGACUUGUUUUUGGGUUUUGUGAAAAUGGCUAGCAACGCACCAGUGAAAAAAGUGCCAAUACACUUGCAGAGCUCCCAGAACCGGCUGCUCAUCAAGAAUGGCAGGGUUGUCAAUGACGACGGGAUGGAAGACGCUGACGUCUACAUCGAGGACGGCAUCAUCAAACAAGUGGGUCGCAACCUGAUCAUCCCAGGUGGAACCAGGACAAUCGAUGCGACCGGCCUGCUGGUGAUGCCCGGGGGCAUUGACCCCCACACGCACUUCGAGCUGGAGAUGAUGGGUGCUAAGACCGCUGAUGACUUCUACAAGGGCACCAGGGCGGCUGUAGCCGGAGGGACCACCACUGUCAUCGACUUCGUCCUCCCCCAAAAAGGCCAAUCUCUCAUCGAAGCUUACAACAACUGGCGCCAGAAGGCUGAUGGAAAGGUCUGUUGUGACUACAGUCUACACGUUGGCGUGACGUGGUGGUCUCCCUCUGUCAAGAAAGAGAUGGAACAACUCACAGGAGAGGAGUACGGAAUCAACUCUUUCAAGAUGUUCAUGGCAUACAAAGAUACUUGGAUGCUUAAUGAUUAUGAACUCUAUCAGGCCAUCGAGACGUGUGCCGAGUUGAAGGCUAUUCCUCAGGUCCACGCAGAAAACGGGCACAUCAUAGCCAGGAACACCGAAAAAUUGCUGGCUAAAGGUAUCACGGGGCCUGAGGGACACGAGAUGUCCCGCAACGAGGAGGUGGAAGCCGAGGCCGUCAACAGGGCGUGUGUCAUUGCCAACCAGGCGAAUUCUCCACUGUACAUAGUCCACAUGAUGUCAAAGAGCGCCGUGCAGGCUCUGCAGACCGCGCGACAGAGACAGCGACAGCCGCUGUAUGGUGAAACACUAGCCGCCACAAUUGGCACUGAUGGCAGCCACUACCGUAACGCGUGUUUCCGUCACGCGGCGGCGCACGUGCUGUCGCCGCCGCUGCGCCCCGACCCCGACACCCCGCAGGCCAUGCUGGAGGCUCUGGCUGAUGACCAGCUACAGCUGAUUGGCAGCGACAACUGCACCUUCCAUGAGAAAGACAAGGAGUUGGGGAAGGACAACUUUGCCAAGAUCCCUAACGGAGUGAAUGGAGUGGAAGACCGCAUGGCCAUUCUCUGGCAGAAGGCUGUUAACACUGGAAUAAUGGACCCGUGCCGCUUCGUGAGCGUGACGAGCGCGCGCGCGGCGCGCGUGUUCAACCUGUGGCCGCGCAAGGGCCGCGUGGCGCCGCUCGCCGACGCCGACCUCGUGCUGUGGGACUCGCGGCUGCAGCGCGUCAUCUCCGCCACCACGCACAGGCACGCUGUCGACUUCAAUAUCUUCGAGGGUCAGAAUGUAGUGGGCAGUCCGCAGUAUGUGAUCGUCAACGGCCGCGUGUGUCUCGAUGACGGGGAUUUGAGGGUUGUUGAAGGUUUCGGCAAGUUCGUGAAGACGCCGACCAACUCCCCGCACGUGUUCGGGGCGCCACAGCCUCCGCUGUCCCCGCAGCCCUCGCCCUCGCCGCUGCACACCCCGCAAAGGGUCACCAACGGCAACACGCCCUCACCUGGCGAGGAGCUGAAGCCGGCGCACGCGCACAGACAGCCGGAGCCGGCGCCGUCGGGCUGCAGCACGCCCACCGGCCGCAAGAUGCGCGACGGCGCGCAGCGCGACCUGCAGAGCUCCAGCUUCUCCAUCAGCAAAGAGGUCGAGGGCCUGGACACGAAGACUUCAGUCCGCGUGCGAAACCCCCCCGGCGGCAAGUCCUCCGGUCUGUGGUAAACUCAAGGAUGGGUCGCCGCUUCACGGCUUGACGCUGAGGCAGCAGAGGGACGCCAUAUUUUAUUUUCUUGUUGAGUUGGCUGUUUGAAUAUUAUGUAUCGCCCUUCGAUUCGUUUAGACUUAAUUAGUACCAUAUAUAGUUAUAUAUGUUUGAAACUAGCUUUUAUCCGCGGCUCUUCCUACAGCAAAAAGUGUUGCAAGUUGUGUAUUUUUCAUACAAACUUCCACUUGAAUGUAGUCGCCGAGUUUUUUUUUUAAUUUUUCGUAAACAUUCGUACUAAAUUCCAUCAAAAUCGAUCCAGCUGUUUAGAUACAACAGUCAGACAUAUUUUCCCAUUUAUUAUUAUUAAAGAAAAUGUUGUGUUUUUUUUUAAAUUUCUUAUUUUAAACUGAAUAAUACUAAUAUAAUAUUUAACACUUUCAUGUUUUUAUCAGCUGAAUAUCUAAUAUGGCGUCCCUUCCUGCAAGGAUUCGCUUGUUACAGCUGAGAACCAAUUUAGUCUAUUCGUUUAUAAUCCAAAGCUUAGACAGUUGAAAUGUGGUCACAAAACUACCAAUCAACCCAAUUCUUUAUUCGACUACACCAAAAGACGGGUAACGUUUUGAUAUCAAACGAAUGAUCAGGUAAAAAUAUGGAAAUUUCCAUGGAAAAAGUUUAGACGUAUUAUGCGCAGCCGUGGCGGUCCAGUGGUUAAGACUGUUCACCUAAGAUCGAAAAGUCCCAGGUUCGAAUCCUACUCGUGCCGCAUAAGUUUCUAUACUAAUUUGACUUACAUAUAGUCAUUUUCAUGGACCACCACUUGCUUCCGGUGAAGGAGGCCGUCGUGAGCAAACCUGCUCACAAUUUGACGUUUAAGUUCACUAGUGUGUAUGAGACUGCUUGCCACUAGAUGUCGUUCGGUAGUCGUAAUAGUCAUGACUGAUGCCUUUAAGCGACUUGAAUAAAAUCUGACAACAAAGCGUGUUGACACUCGAAUAGAAUGAAGUUAAAAAUGUUCUUACGACUUAACCCUCCAUAAAGUACCUUUUUUCGUAGAAAUUAAUAUAUUUUUUUCCCAAAAAGGAGUGUAAUGUUUAUUUCUUUAUGAUAUAAUAGUAUUUGUGAACACAUUUCUUCGUUAGACUGUACUCGUAUGGUAUGAUAUAUCUCUAUAGCGUGACAUAAUAAAUGUUUACUGGGUGUAAAAACAUGUUUAUUUAGUUAAAACCAUAGACUGAUUUAAGAAUAAUCUUCUUUAGCGAGUUACAUUAUAUACAUUUAGGUACUUAAUUGAUUUUAAAAAAGCUCCAUAAAUAAAAUUGACAUUUUUUAUAACUACCUACUUAGAUAAGAAACAGUGAAGGAAAUUUCCUUUUUUGUAAUAAUGACAUUUGAUUAAAAGCAAUUAAAACAUAUACUUGCCUAAUAAUAAAAUAAAGUUUACUACACGUUUUUGACUGACGUGAUUUUUGUAUAAUAAUAGUUUUUUCGCUAAAGAAGACUAUAUUAUAGCACAUAGAUCAAUUAGUUACAGAAAACUAUAAAAGGACAGUGAAAAUAUACAUAUUAUAUGUAUUUUUUCUAAUAUACAUAUCUAUACACAGAAAUUUUAGAAUAGAAAAAACAAUAAGUCCUGGCAGUAAAAACCAUUAUAAAAAAAGAAAAUGUCACAAAUAGUGAAAACUAUUUCGCUUUUUGCGAUGAACGAUGAUGAUAAACAAAUGAUCUAUGUGCGCAUAACCUCUGUACUUUAUAUUUUAGCAAUACGCGUAAGAUUAAUUAUGACACCCAUACUAAUUUUGACAAUAGUUGUUUUAUUGACCCUUAUAGAUAGUUUUAAAAUUAAAUGCUUAUACAAUUUUAAUUGUGAUGUUUUAUUAUUUAUUCAAAUAAAUAUGAUGUAUUUAGUAUACACAUAUCUUUAAAUUAAAAUUGUAUAUGUGUUUAAUAAUAAAAUUAACCAUUGAAGUUUUAUACCUAUGUUAUUGUUUUAGAAUCUAUAAUUUUUAAUGUUGAAUAAGGAUCAGAAAUGGCAAAUAUUAACAUUUUUGAAGUAAAUACUUAUUUCCGGAUUUUUGGCAAUUUUCUUGAUGUAACUUCCAUUUAGCAGUGUCAAAAUUUUUAAGGUUAAUUAGGUAUUUCCCUGAUUUUUAAUUUUCUUUUUGUAAGCAUUUAAAUAUGUUUCUAAUUUGUUAUUAACGUUUAAGUAUGGAUGGUGUAAAAAGCAUUUUGUUUAACCCACCGCAAAGCAAUGAAAAAUUUACUUCUUUAUAACAAAGUGCAAAAUUAACUUACUGGAUCGAAGUUUUCACGAAGAAAAUAUUAUGAUUUAAGCAAAUUUAGCACCGAUUAUGUAAAACUGAAUAUUGGUUCGGAUCUCUUGUAUGUUAGUUUUGUGAUGGAUGUGUUAGUUGCCCUUUAUUGUAUGGAUUAGAUUAUUAAGCGUUUAUUGUUUUUAUACUAAGCACUUUCAAAAAAUCCUACUGCAAUUUUUGUCUCAUUGGUAAUAGCUGCAUAGAUCGCACUAUGAAAAUGUUAAACCAUCUACACUCGCGUUUCGCGGUAUACGUGACGAGUCUAUUUGGCGCGUAAAAUAAAAUUUCACUGAGGUGUAUCGUGUAGUCGAUUGUAGUCGCAAGUUUUUGACCAAUUAUUAUAUUCAUUUUACGAUCGUGGUAAGUAAUUUUUGAACACCUAUUUGCCGAAAUAUCUGCAAUUUAAAUCACUUCAUCGAAAAUAAAAACAUUUAGUAAUUAAAUCUAACAAGUGUACUAAAAUCCCUAGAUUAUACUAAAACAGUACAAAAUUAUUUGAACCUUACCUAGCUAAUGCGUAGCAUCACAAUUUUAUAGCGUUUUACAUUUUUUUUCUAAAUGUAUUCUCUAUUAUGCAUUGUCACAAAUAAACGAGUUAUUC